GAAUCCACACCUAUUUUGUUCGAGGUGACCACGUCUUCCCCAAAGAAACCCCGCCCGGGUAAAGAUAGCCCGAUGGGGGUAUCAAUAGGUUCAUAAAUCAACAUUCCCCUUGUUUGCGUCUUCUACGGACUAAGAGUUGAGAAGUGAUGCAGCGAGAGCGUGAAACAGAGAAAGGAGGAAGCAGUGUUAGAGAGGUGGUCGCGAUGGAAUCAGGUGCUGGAGGAGAAAGGACUCGUGAUAGCGAUGGCGACUGCGACAUGGAGGAGUACGGGCAGCUACAGCAGCAGCUUCAUAGCUCCAAAAUGCGCCUGCACGAUCGCCUCCAGGUUGCCACAAUAGCCACGGCGGAGCGGACAGCGCACAAGUGCGGGAUGAAAGUGUCCAGCCGAGUGAUGAGCGCUCUUACAGAUCUAACGUUUAAGUUUGCUGAGCGCUUGGCGGUGGACGCGGAGCUCUUUGCUCAGCACGCAGGACGUAAGAAGGUGGACACGGAUGACGUCCUGCUUGUGGCUCGCAGGAAUGAGGAUGUGCUUGCGUCGCUUCGAUUACUGGCACAGAGUUUCGCAAAGUCUAAAGAAAAAGGCCCCGAGAAAAAACGGAAGAAGGCUGUAGCUGACGUCCCCGACACAUGAGGAUGCACGGGCAUCCACCUUCAGCCACGGGAAAUUUUACUGUAGGGAGCAGAUUUAGACGCAGGAGCAGAUCACAUGUAGAGCUUCGAUGAUUUUGUAGACACAAACGGGGCGUCAUUUUGCAUUGAGCAGUUUUGAUCCACUCCUGCUUAAUGUUCAAUCAUCGAUGUACCAUGUGAAUGGAAAGCGCGAUGCAUCGUUCUGCAAGUGCAGAAGCAAGCAAAUUCACAAGGAUAUAUCAGGCCAUUACGCCAUUGCGUUAAAAAUUGUAUACAGAAAGGAAAAAAAGAAGAAGAAAGAAAAUUAAAUGCUAGCAGUUACAAAGCUAAGCAAAUUUAUCAGUCACACCAGUCAGAAAUCUGCAAUAGUUUUUUU